AUGUCGAAGGAACCGGCACCCGCCCACAGUUACAACCACGACCAUACCACCGCCCGCCAAUUUCAACAAUGGACUGGCUCUUCAUAUCCACUUCCGGCAGACGCAAAAGAAAAAGAACGUCUGCAGCUUCAACACGACGCGAUCAAGAAGCUAUACGAGGAUCGUAUCUUGCUUGCCCCCGUCGAUCUUGACAAGAAAGCAAGCGUUUUAGAGACCGGCACCGGGUCGGGCAUCUGGGUCGUCGAUCUGGCUGGGAGGAAAUCGAACAUCGACAUCGUCGCCGUUGAUAUUGAGUCCCGCAAUUGGCCGACCUCGCCGCCCAAGAAUAUUGAGUUCAUACUCGGUACUGUUUUGGAACUUCCGAAGGAAUGGGACAACAAGUUCGCUUUGGUGCAUCAACGAUUGUUGUUACUCGCACUCGCGCGCGAGCAAUGGCCAGUUGCGCUCAAGGAAAUGUAUCGUGUCCUCAAGCCAGGGGGGUGGGUCCAGCUGGGUGAAACGAAAAUAUGGCCCAAUGACUUUAAAGAUCCAGCGCGUCCUUGCACCGAGAAAUUGGCCACUCUUUAUCGUGCGCUCGCUGAUUCUAAGGAGCUGUACAUCGAUUGCGCAGAAAGCCUAGGCAAAAUGCUCGCAGCAGCCGGUUUCACAAAUAUAAAGGGUGAAAUUCGGAUGCAAGAGAUGGGGGUUUGGGCUGGAGAGAGAGGCGAGGCCUGGCGAAAAGAUUGGGUUGGAGUCUUCAAUGGGAUUGAGACAUCGGUCAUGGACAACAACGGGUUUGACGUGGUUAAAUCGAUGGAGGAGUAUGAUUUGCUUUUGGAUGGAUUUGAGGAGGAAUGCGACACAGUCAAAGGCGGUGCGCUGGAAUUCAUCAUCUUUUACGCGCAGAAGCCGCUGUAG